AUGGUAAAGAAGAUUAAAGAAUGGAGCGAAAAAAUUAACAGAUGUUCCCAAGAUCAACAUCCAGCUGAUUUGUUAAUGAAUGGAAAAUUUGGAAUCAUAGAACUACCACCAGUUGUGUCCAAUACAGUAUGUCCUGAAAGUCCACCACAAGUAUUUUCCCAUACAGUUGGUCCAGCAGGGGAUGCAAGUACAACUGACAAAACAGACAGUUACAACACAACAAUGCCAAUAGAUGAUUUAAAGGGGGCAUCUGGAGUAAAAAGACAGAUUACUGAUGACCAUGCACAUUACCAUAGAAAUGGCAGUCCUUCAAAUGACCAUGACCAUGAGUAUAUUUGUAAAUUGUUAACAGAAGAAAACGAGGAAGAAGAAGAUGAACAGGAAUGCAUUGAUCGUACAAAAAUAAUUACAGAUAUGUUGACUAUAACGAGUAACAAAGAUUAUGACUAUGCCAGUUUAUUACGAACAAGUACCCAAAGAGACCUGAGUGAACAAGAUAUUUUUAUGGCCAUUAUUCAGGAAAUGAAAGAGCGGUAUUAUUAACACUCUCAUUUAGUCAUUUCAUAAUUAAUACAAUACAAAUGAUUAAGGUUAAGUGGCAUGAUUGUCAAUGAAACUCCAAAUGUUGAUAUACAUGUAUAAUAUGUGAACAGUGACAGUUAACUGUAAAGCUUUUUACAACGAUCAGACUGAUUAUUAUUCAUACUGCAUGUGGUACAUAAUAAGCGGAAAA